AUGUUGAGAGAGGCACACAAAGAUGAGACAAAUUCCAGUCCAGUAUAUUCUAUAGCCAACGAUGAACACAAAGUUAAUGACAGUUUUGAAAAUUCUGAGAUAGAUUUUAAUGAUUUGAUAAUUAAUUCUAAUUCUACCCAAACAACUUCAAGCAACAAUGAUUAUGAUAUUGGUUUAUAUAUUAACAGAACAUCUAGUAAAACUUUCAGUGAUGAUAUUAAAGAAAAGCUUUUAAAAAAUACAUGGAUACCAGAAUCGUUCACCAACUUGCAUGUACAACUUAUUCUAAAGCACAAAAUGGAGCAUUUUGUAAAAAAUUGUGUGGUUUUUGGUCCUGGAAGUUUUUCUGGUAAAGUUUCACAUCAGAGUGUUGGACAGCUUGUGUCAAAACCAUUGCAGAAUUGGAAAUCAGCCAAAGAAAUUUGCUAUCGUCAUUCUUGUCUUCAAUAUCACCAACUAGCAGUAUUAAAAUCAGAUAAUUUUUUAAAAAUGGCUGAUGGAAAGAUAGAUAGCGUACAACUUGAAACAAUAAUAUUUUGUGGGCGGCAAGAAAUUCCAUUAAGAGGACAUAAAGACUAUGGCCGCCUAAGUCUGAAUGAUCCAGAUAAUAAUGAUGGGAACUUCAGAGCCUUGUUGCGUUAUAGAGCUAAAAAUGAUGACGAUACUCUAAAAUCGCAUAUUUUAAAUGCUGGUGGAAAACAAAUGUAUUCAAUGAAAAAAGCCAAAUUUUUCACUGUGCUUGCUGAUGAAACAUCUGACGUCCAAGGAAUUGAACAAUUUUCAUUAGCUGUUCGCUAUUUUGAUGAAGAAGUUAAUGAAAUAAGAGAAGAUUUUUUAAAAUUUGUGCCAGUGCAUGAUGUUACAGGCAAAGGAUUAGCUACUACAAUAAAAAAAGAACUUCAGUCUCUCGGUCUUGAUUUAAAUUAUAUGCGUGGACAAGGGUAUGACGGCGCAAUGAGUGGAGCUUUCAAUGGAGUACAAGCAAUAAUAUUGGAGGAAUAUUCUAUGGCAAUUUACACUCAUUGUGUUUCUCAUUCAUUGAAUUUGGUUUUAAAUGAUGCAUCAAAAUUACAACCAGUUAGAAAUUGCAUUGGGGCGAUAAGAGAAAUAAGUACUUUUAUGAGGGCAUCGGUGAGAAGAUCUAAUAUCUUAAAAACAAAAUUAUCUAAACAAGGAUUGACACCUUCACGUUUAAUAAAUUACUGUGACACUAGAUGGGUAGAACGGCAUGAAGAAAUUGUUAAUUUCAAAAAUGAUAUUUUACCAAUUAUUGAAACUAUGGAACAGAUAGUGUCAGAUAAUAAAGAUGAUGGAGCAGCUGCUCGAUCAUUUCAUAAAAAACUUUGUGAUUUUGAAUUUUUAAUAACAUUAGUCACUGUUAGUAAAAUGUUGGCUAUAACUCAUCAAAUAUCAGUUAGCCUGCAAAAACCUGAUAUUGAUUUAAGUUCUGCUAUUGGGCACAUAGAACUUGUACAAUCAGUCAUAAAUGAUAUUAGAUCUAACGUUGAAAUUGAAUUUAAACAAUUGUAUUUAAGUGCUCAAGCUAUUAGUUCUAAACUUAAUAUUGAACCAUCAAUACCUAGGAUUGUUGGUAUCCAAAGACAUCGUCAUAAUUAUUCAACUAACUCUCCAGAUGUAUAUUAUAGAAUUAGCUUAUUCAUACCAUAUCUUGAUGAAUUAAACAAAUCAUUAGUCAACAGAUUUUCCAAACAUAAAAAGACUCUUAUAGACGUACCUUACAUCAAAAUUGUUCGCUUUUUUGUGCCGAAUCUGGCCAUUUAUGCAGUAACGUUGUAA